GCAGAAUUUUGGGCUCGGUCUCGUAUAAAUAGUUUGCCGGUGAGCCUCCUCAGACAGAAGCUACUUGAACGCUCUUGGAGUAACAGAUCGCAGCUGUCAUCAUGAAAUUCCUGGUUAUUGCCUUUGCCGUCCUGGCCUGCGCCUAUGGCGAUGUCUCCCACCUGGGUUACGACUACUCUCCACCGGCUCCGGUCUACCAGCCUGCUCCUGCUCCCAUCAGCAUCCCAGCUCCAGCUCCGGUCUACCACUCAGCACCUGCUCCUGCUCCCAUCAGCAUCCCAGCUCCAGCUCCGGUCUACCACUCAGCACCUGCUCCUGCUCCUGCUCCCAUCAGCAUCCCAGCUCCAGCUCCGGUCUACCACCCAGCUCCUGCUCCGAUCAGCAUCCCAGCUCCAGUUGAGAUCCCCGUCCCUGCCCCUGUGAGGAGCUACGUCCCACCUGCACCCAUCAGCAUCCCAGCUCCUGCUCCAGUCUACCACUCAGCUCCUGCUCCUGCUCCCAUCAGCAUCCCAGCUCCUGCUCCCAUCAGCAUCCCAGCUCCAGUUGAGAUCCCCGCUCCGGUGAACUCCUACAUUCCCCCUGCACCAGCACCAGCACCCGUUUACCACUCAGCUCCUGCCCCCGUGGAGAUCUCUGCUCCUGCUCCAGUUUACUCUGCACCAGCUCCAGCUCCAGUUUACUCUGCACCAGCUCCAGCUCCAGUUUACUCUGCACCAGCUCCAGCUCCAGUUUACUCUGCUCCUGCUCCUGCUCCAGUUUACUCUGCUCCAGCUCCAGCUCCAGUUUACUCUGCUCCUGCUCCUGCUCCAGUUUACUCUGCUCCAGCUCCAGCUCCAGUUUACUCCGCUCCCAACACCCAGGUUCUGGAGGAGAUCGAGCCCGCUUCCAACGAUGGAUACCGCUACAAGACCGUGCGUCGUCGCGUCUACCGUCGCCGCGUCUAAACUUACCAAAGCCCAACGAAAAACUGUUUCCUAACGAAUCCCCAAACCCAUGGGGAGACGUAAUAAAAAAUUUCCGCCUUCAAUUUGUUAAACAAA